AUGGCCCGAAAUGUUGAACGCGCAAAACGUAUUGCACAAUCACCACGUAAACGAGGUUAUUCUGGUCGCCCAGCAAUACUCAUCUCUGAACACGAACAAGAGAACAUUCGCCUCAGUGAUGUUCCAGAUCUGUCUCUAAGAUGGAUCGCAUCGGUGGACGCUCUCUUAGCUACUGCGUACCUCGAACAUACGCGCAAAGUUGAACAAACCUUCAAAGAAUCCGAUCAGUUCAGUGAGCAAAUCGAAGAAGACAUCGUAGAUGAUCAUGAAAACGUGGCAUCUGAGAUUGAAGAAACCACUGAUCCAAAUUGA